GUUAACGCGCCGCCGUGGAGAGAGAAGAGAGAAUGGAGGAUAUCGAGGAUUUGUUGGCCGGAGGAGUCGGUGGUGCACCACCGGGAUUCCGAUUACCGUUAAAUGCUGUCGGGAUAAAUCCGAAGACGAAUAAGAGCAAACGUAUUAGCUCGAAACAGGAUCAAAUUACUGCUUCGAAUCGUGACUCGCUUGCUCCACCAUCGUUGAAGAUUCCAGGAACUCAGACGAUAUACAUCAAGACUUUUGGAUGUUCUCAUAAUCAGGCGAAAUACACUUCUCAUAGUGAUAGUGAGUAUAUGGCUGGUCAGCUUACUGCAUUCGGCUAUGCUUUGACAGAAGUCCCGGAGGAUGCUGAUUUAUGGCUCAUUAACACCUGUACUGUGAAAUCCCCUAGUCAGUCUGCAAUGUCUACUUUGAUAACGAGGGGUAGAAGUGGGAAAAAGCCUCUUGUGAUUGCGGGAUGUGUUCCUCAGGGCAGUCGUGAUCUUAAAGAACUAGAAGGCGUUAGUGUUGUUGGAGUUCAACAGAUUGAUCGUGUUGUUGAGAUUGUUGAAGAAACUCUUAAGGGUCAUGAAGUGCGGCUGCUGACUAGGAAAACUUUACCUGCGCUUGAUCUUCCAAAGGUGCGGAGGAACAAUUUUAUCGAAAUUCUCCCCAUUAAUGUUGGCUGUUUGGGUGCCUGUACUUACUGCAAGACUAAGCACGCCCGUGGUCACUUAGGAAGCUACACAGUCGAUAGUCUUGUGGAGCGGGUGAGAACUGUAAUAUCUGAAGGAGUCAAGGAGAUUUGGUUGAGCAGUGAGGACACUGGAGCAUAUGGUCGUGACAUAGGAGUUAAUCUUCCAAUACUGCUUAAUGCUAUCGUUAAGGAGCUUCCUUCUGAUCAAAGCACAAUGCUAAGGAUUGGAAUGACUAAUCCUCCCUUUAUUCUAGAGCACCUAAAAGAAAUAGCAGCAGUGUUACGUCACCCAUGUGUCUACACGUUUCUUCAUGUCCCUGUGCAAUCUGGCAGUGAUUCUGUGUUGACGGCCAUGAACAGGGAAUAUACAGCAAGUGAGUUCAGGACUGUGGUAGACACCUUAACAGAGCUUGUGCCAGGAAUGCAAAUUGCUACUGAUAUAAUAUGCGGUUUUCCUGGUGAAACCGAUGAAGAUUUUUCUCAAACAGUUGAACUUAUCAAGGAUUACAAGUUUCCUCAAGUUCAUAUUUCUCAGUUUUACCCCAGACCAGGGACCCCAGCAGCAAAGAUGAAGAAGGUACAAAGUAAAAUAGUGAAGCAACGAAGCCGUGAAUUGACUUCUGUCUUUGAGGCUUUUGCACCUUACACUGGAAUGGAGGGCAGAGAAGAGAGGAUAUGGAUAACCGAAGUAGCGACUGAUGGAAUUCAUAUGGUUGGACAUACGAAGGGAUAUGUACAGGUCUUAGUUACUGGACCAGAAAGUAUGCUUGGGACUUCAGCUAUGGCGAGGAUAACAUCUGUGGGGAGAUGGUCAGUGUUUGGGGAAGUGAUUGAGACAUUUAGCUCUGCAAAUAGAGAAACAAAAUCCCGAGAGGAAACAAAGCCGCCUUGUUCGUCGAAUGCUAGUACUUGUGAGACUUGCACUUGCUCUGCUGAGAGCUGUGGAGAAGAGAGAUCAGGAGAGGCGUGUAACAUUUCUGGAAAUAUCUCAAGACAAGAUGAUCACAAGGGAACGUCAAAGAAAGAAGAGGAGAUACAACAAGAGGUCGUCGUACCGAGAAGCAGCGUAGCAAAUUGGGGCUUCAUUGAUAAGGCACUUGUGUGUGGAGUGUUCGUAAGCUCUCUCACCAUUCUUGUUUUGGUGAUUAGCAUUGCAUGUAGAGUUUUGCUGCGCCCAGCCACGAACACCCACAGAACGGCGGCGUCGGAGGGAGACGUCAUCGUCAAAGAUGGCCACCGUGUAGUGGUGGUUGAGUACGAUCGCGACGGGAAAACCAAUACUAGAGUCUCGAUCUCGCCACCCUCGGCAGAUCAAGGAGAAGAAAAAGAGAAUGAAGAAGACAAGGGAACUUCUUUGUUUAAAAAUGUUAAAGAGAAAGCGAAAGAAACGGCGUCGUAUCUUCCACAUGUCGGCCAAGGAAUCUCGCAGCCGGUGAUGACAGAGGAGGCGCGUGAUCACCACGCGACGGCUGGGGAAGUUAUAUGCGACGCGUUCGGUAAGUGCAGACAGAAGAUUGCAAGUGUAGUCGGUCGGGCUAAAGACCGCACCGCAGAUUCCGUUGGCGAGACUGCUUCUGAUGUCGGAGAAGCCGCUGCUCAGAAGGCUCACGAUGUGAAGGAGACGGUUACACAUGCGGCACGUGACGUGGAAGACACGGUGGCUGAUCAAGCCCAGUAUGCUAAGGGUAAGGAAACGGCUGCUCAUAAGUCUAAGAACGUGUGGGAGAGAGUUAAGAAUGCGGCGCGUGAUUUCGGGUCAGCGACGGCUGCGACGUUGAGUCCGACGAAAGUAGCGAGCAUUGUGGGUUUGACGGCGAUAGCGGCGGCAUUUGGGUCUUGCGUGUGGGUGACGUUUGUGUCAAGCUACGUUUUAGCCUCUGUGUUGGGGAGACAACAGUUUGGUGUUGUGCAGAGUAAGCUGUAUCCUGUUUACUUCAAGGCGACCUCUGUGGGAAUCCUUGUGGGUUUGUUUGGUCACGUGCUUAGCCGGAGGAGGAAACUACUCACCGACGCGUCGGAGAUGUGGCAAGGGGUUAACCUCUUGUCAGCUUUCUUUAUGAUCGAGGCUAAUAAGUCAUUUGUUGAGCCACGUGCCACCAAGGCGAUGUUUGAGCGAAUGAAGGCAGAAAAAGAAGAAGGAAGAGGAGAGAGGACGAGUGAGCAAGAGCUAAGGCGGAAAUUGGAGCAGCUGAGCGAGAGGCUGAGCAAGCUCAACACGUACUCUUCUUGGUUGAAUAUAUUGACGCUUAUGUCUCUCACCUGGCACUUUGUUUAUGUUGGCCAGAGACUCGGCACCGCUUGUUGAGGCAUGUCUUUGUUUAUUAGUAUCUCUUUUGGUCCCGAACCCUAACUUAGCUUUUUUGUUGUUGUUGUUGUUGUUGUUGUUGUUGUUGUUGCUGUUUACUGACUUACUAGUCACGGUAUCAGGGUUCUUCUAUUUCCGAAUGAUAUGUAGUAAUGUAGACAUAUCUUGUAAUUAGGUCAUGCCUUCACCUUU